AUGCUUUACGACCCCGUCUUCUAUCGCCAAUAUUUACCCGUUUCUCAUACCAUUCAAUACGAUUUAGUGGUUUCGGCGUUUUCAUUGCUAGACAUACCAGACGCUAAGAAUAGGAUUCAUGUGAUUGAGAAUCUUUGGCAUAAAACUCAAGAUGUGUUAGUGGUUGCAGAACACGGCAGUCGCGCCGGCUUUGCAGCUGUACUCGAGGCCCGUAAUCUUAUAUUGCAAUUGUCUGGACAUAAGGUUACAGCUCACUUCGUGCACAAUCCAAAUGAUACACAUCUCUCUACUGUUCAAAACACAACCGAUGCUACAAUCGUAGCCCCGUGCCCGCAUGACUUGACGUGUCCGCGACAGUCAUCCAAAGGUCCCGUUCUCUGCAAUUUCGAAGUCACAUACAAUCCGUUGCGAUUCGGACAACAGAACGCUGUCGUCGGGAAAGAGAGAUAUUCUUAUGUCGUGUUUCGAAAGGGAAAUCAACAGCAGCCAGAGCUGAAAGGUUGGCCGCGAAUUGUUCAGCCCGUCCUCACUAGUCGUCGGAAAGCCAUUUGUCGGUUCUGUUGCAGUGAUGGACAACUCAAAGAAGUUAUAAUUACGCCUUCAAAUCACGACAGGUUUCCUUAA